UGUGGCUACAUAAUUCGGCUGCGUGGAUUGUACCCAAAAAACAAUAUCAUUCUCUGUCGCUGCUUCUCAAACUCCGAGGAUAAAAAUGGAAAAUUGUAGCGUUUGCUCCUGCGAUAGGCCAACGCUGAUGGUGACCAACGACGACGGGAUCGACGCGCCGGGUCUCCGAGCACUGGUUCAAGUCCUCGUCUCCACCGGUCGUUACAAUGUUCUAGUCUGUGCGCCUGACUCGGAAAAGUCAGCUGUUAGUCAUAGUAUCACUUGGCGUCAUCCUCUAGCUGUAAAGCAAGUUCAAAUUGAUGGAGCAACAGCAUUUGCAGUUGCUGGAACUCCGGCAGAUAGUGCUUCUUUGGGGGUCUCCAAAGCGCUAUUUCCUACAGUACCUGAUCUGGUACUCAGUGGCAUAAACAUGGGUAGCAACUGCGGAUAUCACAUUGUUUACUCUGGCACAGUUGCUGGUGCUCGGGAGGCAUUCUUCAAUGGUGUGCCUUCAGUCUCUAUAUCAUAUGAUUGGGUUGGAGGCGUAAGUUGCAAUGAAGACUACAAACUGUCUGCUGAAGCUUGCUUGCCUAUCAUCAAUGCAAUCCUAGUGGAUAUCAAGAACCAAUCAUAUCCUCAAAGAUGUUUUCUGAAUAUAGAUCUGCCAGUAAAUGUUGCUAAUCAUAAGGGAUAUAAGCUGACUAAGCAGGGUAAAAGUAUCUUCCAAAUGGGGUGGCGGCAAGUUACUUCUGACAAGCAAGGAGGCAAAAUGUUAUCCACAAUGACAAUGGACACAAAUUCUCCAGCAUCUACUGAAAUUGAAACACCAGUGAUAUCUGCAGAAAAUCUGUUGUUCAAAAGAGAAUUAUUGGCUGCAUUUAUGGAUGAGGGUACAGAUUACCAAUAUGUCAAAGAAGGAUAUAUUACUGUCACUCCCCUUGGUGCCCUCUCCCCUGCUGAGGUAGAUUGCCAGGACUACUUUAAAGAUUGGUUGCUGAGAGCAACUGAGCACUGCUCUUCAUCUGCUUUAUAAUUCUAAAAUAUCCAUUUUGUGAGGUUGUCUGGUUGCAUUAAAACAGGCGUUAUGCUUAUGAUGGUGACUCUCAAAUCAAGCGUAUGCUCAAAUAAAUUUUAGAAUUUUUCUUUCCCGAUAUCAUUGAUGCCCUACAUUCCAAUAGCCGGGCUUUCAUGUAAUUUUACUCAUCCUAUUAAUUAGGAACAAAAAGUAACAUUUUAACAUAUCUUUAUGAACCUCAGGGCCUCAGUUUGGGUUACCUGGGAACCAUAUUUUCCGAAAGUUACAUUAUUCAUCUGCA